CUCCAGCAGAACCACCCGUGCGUUAGGUCGAGCCGAGCCAAAGCCCCCGGUGCUUUGUCGCGGGUUCGCUCGCUCGCUCGCUGUCUCGAUCGCUCCCUCCCUUCCACCCUCCCUUCCUCCCGGCGGCGGCGGCGGCGGCGGCCGCGGCGACGCUGGAGAAGCGGCGGCGAAGAGGAGUGGCCCGGCGCUGGAAGAAUGCUGCUCUGCCGAGGGGGCCGAACCCGACCCAGUCUCCCCACCGUCUAAGCCGCACGAGCCGAGCCCGAGUGACCCAACCGCGAGUGUUGUGGAUCCUGCACCUGAACCGCUGGAGGCGCUGAUUGAUUCGCCCACCGGAGCCUCCGGGCUUCGACAUGCUGGAGGAGCCCGGGUCUCGGCCUUCGCCCUUGGGCCUCGCGGGUCUCCUGUUGUUGGCUUUGUUGAGUCGGGCUCUAAGCAAUGAGAUUCUGGGCCUAAAACUUCCCGGUGAGCCGCCGCUGACGGCCAACACGGUGUGCUUGACCCUGUCCGGCCUGAGUAAGCGGCAGCUGGGCCUGUGCCUGCGCAGCCCCGACGUGACGGCGUCCGCGCUCCAAGGGCUGCACAUCGCCGUCCACGAGUGUCAGCAUCAGCUGCGCGACCAGCGCUGGAACUGCUCGGCCCUGGAGGGCGGCGGCCGGCUGCCGCACCACAGCGCCAUCCUCAAGCGCGGUUUCCGGGAGAGCGCUUUCUCCUUCUCCAUGCUGGCUGCUGGGGUCAUGCAUGCUGUUGCUACAGCCUGCAGCCUGGGCAAGCUGGUGAGCUGUGGCUGCGGCUGGAAGGGCAGUGGUGAGCAGGACCGGCUCCGGGCCAAGCUGCUGCAGCUUCAGGCACUGUCUCGAGGCAAGAGUUUUCCACACUCUCAGCCCAGCCCUAUCCCUGGCCCAGGCCCCAGCCCUGGCCCCCAGGACACGUGGGAAUGGGGUGGCUGUAACCACGACAUGGACUUUGGAGAGAAGUUCUCUCGGGACUUCUUGGACUCCAGAGAAGCUCCCCGGGACAUACAGGCGAGAAUGAGAAUCCACAACAACAGGGUGGGACGCCAGGUGGUAACUGAGAACCUGAAGCGGAAGUGCAAGUGCCAUGGCACAUCAGGCAGCUGCCAAUUCAAGACUUGUUGGAGGGCAGCUCCAGAGUUCCGGGCCAUCGGGGCAGCGCUGAGGGAGCGGUUGGGCAGAGCCAUCUUCAUCGAUACCCACAACCGCAAUUCUGGAGCCUUCCAGCCCCGCUUACGUCCCCGGCGCCUCUCGGGAGAGCUGGUCUACUUCGAGAAGUCUCCUGACUUCUGUGAGCGAGACCCGACUGUGGGCUCACCAGGCACCAGAGGCCGGGCUUGCAACAAGACCAGCCGCCUGCUGGAUGGCUGCGGCAGCCUGUGCUGUGGCCGUGGGCACAAUGUGCUCCGGCAGACACGAGUGGAGCGCUGCCACUGCCGUUUCCACUGGUGCUGCUACGUGCUGUGUGAGGAAUGCAAGGUCACAGAGUGGGUCAACGUGUGUAAGUGACGUGAGCCGCACCUUGGGACUAAGGAAGAACGCUGUGUGAUGGGUACGCCUUUUCAACCCUUUGCUCUGAUUUCUGUCCAGGGUUAAUCAUGGCCCCUGGAAGCUCAAAGCACCUACCUGGAAACAGCUUUGGCGGGGAGUAGGGUCAGGUGAAAUCUGUGAUGAACAGCCUUUGGUGGGGAAAGAGGUCACCAUAUUCUGUUCUUAAACACGCGAAUGGACUGAGAUGCAGUGCACUGUAUUGUUCCCCUCUUCUGAACCUCUGGGGUCUCUUGGGCCCAGAUUUAUACUCCUUUAGAUAGGGAGGCUAUCAUCUGACCACUUGUCUUCCUUGAAGAAUAACAGCAGGCAUCGUGUGGAGUCAUUAAGACCUGGGUAGAAGGAGAUCACCUCUUCCUAUUUGUGGUUCUCAAACUCCUCCACUACAAACCAGAACCUCCUUAAGGAGAUGUUUUCGGUUGGAAAAGGACAGAAGACUGCAGGGAACUCUCAGCUGUCUGUUCAGGCUCUUAGGGAAUCCUUCUCCUUCCAGUGGUUGAAAGGGUCCCUCCAAAGGAAAGAAAGGUCUUCGCUGUGACCCGUAGAGGCUUUUCCCUUCUUCAGCAGAAAGGGUGGGGAUGGAUAAUUUAUUGUACUGAGACAUGUUCUUGGUUCCUGUUUGAAACUAAAAUAAAUUAAGUUGCUGGACUGGCUGCUGGCGGAUGCAGAUGGCGGUGUGUCUAGCCACACUUGGGGUAGCAGCCUGUGGUUUUGUGUUUGUUUUGUUUCCCAUGUGAAGCCUGGACUCCUGUACUCAGUGACUUUCUAUGUGUAUCCUGCUGACUUCCACGAAGGAGUUGGAAAGAUGCUCUGUGACCGAGUUCAGAUUCUCAGUCUGUAAGACCAAGGUGGGCUUCUGGGUGGGAGGACUCACAGAUCCAAGUGUACACAGAGCCUACUCACCCUGAGCCCUCAGCUCUGGGCAUCUCCUCCGUCGUUACUUAGAACAAAGGUGGGCAACCCUCUUUAGCCUGCAAAGGGCUGGAUGGCAGAUACCCGAGGCUAUUUAUACUGUGGUCUUUAUGCCAUCUGCUCACCUCUACCAUAAUUACUCAAUUCUGAUGUUAUAGACCCAAAAUAGUUAUGGGCAGGGGGAUGGACAAAAGCAGACACAGACCGCACUUGAUGGAUGGGUGUAGCUGUGCUCAGCACAGUCACAAACUGGUCUGCAGGCCCGGCAUGCUCCUCUGGCUGUCACUCAUUGACCCCUCCCCUCUGCAAGGUCACAUCUGCUCUGGGAGUUUCAAGUCUUAAAUGUUGUGUGACGAUGUGCGUGAACUUAGAAGAGCAGGUACUGUUGUCUCUGAGUCCGAGCCAGACUUGGGGAGGGUGGCGGUACAUGCAAGGCCCAUGGGAAAAUAACGAAAGGCAUGCCUAUCUCAAAAUGCAAAUUAUAUCCAUAGGCUGCCCUCAUUCUCCUGAGUACUGGGGUUGAUCAUGGGUGGGCCCUACCAGGCCCAACUAAAAUGAGAUUUUUUUUUCUAGCAAAACUAGCAUUCUCUGCCAUUGAAUUAUCUGCAUAUAUGUUUUGUUCUUUAUUCAUUGUUCUUUUGUAUUUAACCCAAGUAAAGGAAUUCCUUUAUCUUUUCAA